CUGCCUCUGCCUCUGCCUCUGCCUCUGCCUCUGCCUCUGCCUCUGCCAUAACAGAGCUGCUAUUGUUGCCGAACUUCGACCCGGCUCGCCUUCGACCGUUCGACCUUGUCAUCAACCAUUGGCUUUUCUAUUUCAAAUCGAUUGGACCUUGGAUCUUGGACCUUAGACCUUCCUUCGACGCCGUGGGCUUUUCUUUUCCCGCAUCUGUACGACGACCGGGUUGCCUCAGCUGGGCGAACCCCAGCGACUCGGCCUACCUCUCAACAUCCCCCAAAAGUCACCAGCCUCUCCCAAUACCUUGUUCCACAACGUCGUCGCCAGCAAACGGCCUUUAUUACUUCUCAUGCAUCCUCUCCACCAUUCGGCUGACCUUUGAGUUGCCAGAAUGGGUGCCGAUCGAAAAGGUCCUCCGUUACCUGCGCCGACGGAGACUGAUAGCACCACUGGAGGAACAGAGCUUGGAUCGAGGAUCACCGACAAGAGCCAGUUUACACUGCCAGAGGACGGAAGUCCUGUCACGAUAUCUACACGGCGCAAGAAGGGCGACAAGGACGGACACGGCCUUAGCACGAACAAGUCGCAGACAUCUCUGUUGAUUGAAUAUUUUGAAGGUGGAAAAGGCAGUCAGGCUGACUCUCGUCGACCAUCGGUACGAGUCAAAGUACGACCAUCCUCGAAAAGCAGAAGCAAAUCGUCGAAUGACCACAUCCAAAUCACUGAGCGUGGGAGCAACCGCAAAGCUUCCUAUACCAAACGAAUUCAACUAUCGCCGAACGUCAAGAGCGACAAGUCACUGGUGCUAGAAGGAGAAGGCGACGACCACAGCCUACACUCCUACCGAUCGGCUACCGAAGAGUCAAACGUUACCUCUCGAGGCGGUGGUCCAAUUGAGGUGGAGAUAAUGCCGAGAAGACAUGGAAGUCCGUUGAUUCCCACUGGCGAGAGCUCAUCAAAAUAUGUACAACAGAACACAUCCGACAUAUCAUCCAUGCCUGCAGACAGCUUUCUUGAUGGCAAGUCUAGAGAACCAGAAAGGAAGCGCAGUCGAAGUCUUUCUCGCGGUGAAGCAUUGGCUGUCAGAGCUGGUGCUGGCUUGGUCGCUGAUGCAGCUGCUGAAAAAUUGAGAACACCCUCGCGCCGAAGAAGUCGAAGCCUCAGCCGUGAGCGAAUAGUGGCCCAGAAGGCUGUGGAGAAAGUACGAGGAGACAAGUCGGAGAGGCGGCGCAAACACAGUAGCAGAAGUCGAAGUGUUAGCGGAGAACAUGCAACAGAGAGUGUAAGAUCCCCACGACGAAGAUCCAGUCGAACCCACCAUGAAGAAUCUAUGGUAUCAGGAGGAGACUCCAGCUUGCUCAAUUCUCAUCUAAGCGGAAAGUCCGGCGAUGCAUACUCCUUCCGGUCCGGUACCUCAAAAUCCUCCAUCAACAAUCCAAAGCUUCUUGAGACGGUUGAAGAUGCUAUUCGACGACUGAUCCUUCCUGAGCUCACGGCACUCAAGCGAGAGCAGAGUAAACACCAAACUCGUGAUCGGGAUCGAGAUCGCAGAGGCUCUAUCACUUCAGGAAGUGGUAUUUCUAGAGACUCCAGGGAGGAGACUUCGAGUAUUCGACGACUUUCAGAUCGGGGCAGCGAUGCUUCUGGCAGACCAAAAGUCGUCCUCAAUGAUACUGAAGUCUUGUCUGGAAAUACCAUCAAGGGUCGGAAAGACAGAAACAUCAGUCGUGUGAUGAAUGAUUCUCCAAGAAGCUUCGAGCGAGAGACUUCAGAGGAGACUGUGGUCAGGGAUGGAGAGAGAAUUCAUAAAAAACGCAGCAGCGAUGGGCACAAAAAUAUCAAAAUGGCAGCUGCUGGAGCUGGACUCGGUGCGUUGACGGCAGCUGCGUUACACAAGCAUCAAUCAGAGGAGUCGCUCGAAGAAGAUCGAAAAGAACGACGAAGAAGAAGGACGAAGAGCCGCAGUAGGAGUGACAGUCUUGCUGAAAGCUACGAGGAGCAUAAUUACGAGACUGUACCACCACCGAUGCCGCUGAUGAGCGAUAUCAAUGCUUCAGAGAUAACCAGAAGUUCUAUCUUGUCGGCAGAAACGGAGAGACCUCAUUCAGCAAGUCAAGAGAGAGUCACUCAAGUUCGUGAGGUGUCUCGAGGUGUUGUAUCACCGGCAUCUAGCACACCUACGAGAACUCCAGUCCAGCUUCAGAAAGGUCUUGGAACCCAACACUCCAAUUACUCCCGUGGAAAUCUGAGUCUCCAUGAUCUCCCAAGUCAACAGCACGUCCAGGAAGAGGAGUACGAAUUAGACGAGCACGGACGGAAAGUUCCCAUGCAGUAUUCGCCUGACCGCGAGGAUUCUUUUGUGGAAGAUGAACGCAGUGGAGGCAAGGGCCGCGCAUUAGUAGCUGGUCUCGGUGGUGCUGCUGUGGGAGCCGGUUUGGGAGCUGCUGCGAUGCAUCAUCGUAAUGACAGUGAUGUUCACCACGACCCAGAACUUCUUGAGGAUGACCAUCACGACUACUACCAGAAUAAUCAAGAAGUGCCUCCACCUCUACGAUAUGUUCCCUAUGCCCAGGAGCGUCGUGGUCUGAGUCCAAUACAGAGCGUCUCUGGCUACACCGAAGGAGACCCAGAUGUCCAACACAGAGAUUCAAGAUUAACUCACAGCACGGGCUCUUACUCUUCCCUGAACAAGUCGCCUCAGCACGCCCGAUCUGGUAGUAGAUCCAUGAAGUCUCUCGACUCGCUCGGCAACGUGCAUGGAAACCGACACGACUUCGCAGAAGUGCGACAAGGAGGGCUUACCGACUCCGAGCUUACCCAAGAUGGUGAGUACUGGGAGGAGCAACACCGCGAGAAUGACCGAAACCGUGAUCUUGGAUCUCCAAGUAGUUAUCGUAUUUCUGGAUUGGAUUACAAGCACAAUUCGAACUAUACCGACGAUAGCGUGGAUCGCCCACAAUUGGAUCGUGUAGCUACAGGUCAGAAUGUUCGCGGUCUCGGGGCAAUCCCAGACUAUGUGCACACUCCUAUCGCCGUUGAAUCUGCGGUUGCCUCGCUAGUAAACGAAUCGGAACUCACCAGAGAUUCUGCAUUUUCUGGAAACGAUGGUCAAUAUGAUCGCAGAGGCUCUUAUGCUUCGUUCGAAGAUGGAUCCGAGAGGCAUUUCACAAGCCGUGGAAAUAGUCCCGCCAAGCACGAUGCCUCAAGAAGUCUCGAGUAUGAUGAAUCUGACCAGGGUACUUCCAGUCAACGAAAUAGCCCUUCCAAGUACGUCGAAGAGUAUGAUAUUGAUGAGCAAGGUCGGAAGAUUGCAAUGCCAAAGUACAAGAGUCACAAGGCAGAGCAAGCUAUUGCUGCCGGUGUAGCAGCCGCUGUUUUGGCUAGCCGUAGCAAGAAGCAUUCCGAUGCCGAUCAGAUCAAGUAUGAAGAUAGACUGGAGCAUACCGGGGCGCCUCUGCACAUGUCCUUUAAGGAACGAGCAAUGGAGGGUCAAGGACAGAUACCAUCUCCUCGACACAGCAUCGACGUCCCCCUGAGCGAGACUGCGAGCCAUGAACAACUCAAACUGGGUGCCAGCGGACUUCCUGACAUGCAUGAUCCAAUGCCCGAGAUUGGAUAUGGCGAUGGAGAAUCGGAGGUGGAUACAAACCCUUCUAUCAUUCAGGGACCUGGCGGAACUCAAGAGACGACCAGAGAUCAUUGGUCUGGAAAGGCAACACCUCAAGAACAUAUGGACACUGCCUCCAGCCACGACCGUAGAUCCGAUUCCAACCUCAAGGCUGCUGAAGCUGCUCUAAUUGGUGCUGCUGUAGGAGCUGGAGGAGCGGCGGCCAUUGCACACCACAACCGAGAACAUAGUGGAGAUCACGAUGAUGAGUGGCAGCGAACAUCAGGAGAAAGGAAACGUGAUACCCUUAUCACAAACCCAUAUGAAGGAACAAGUCCUAUUGCAGCCAUUGGAGGCGAUCUUGACCGCGAUCUUCUAGGCCAGCCAGGAUUUCAAGGUCUCAAUAACAGUUUCGCCCCCGCCACUUUGAACUAUCAAUCUGCUCGGGUUACUUCUCCUAAAGAUGAGGGCUACAUCUCAUCCGCACCUAAUGCACGCUCUCCUGGCGCUGCUGCUACACCUGAGCCAAGAAUCAAAGGAGUUGGCUUUUUGGACCAAGAUGCUGACGGUGGAGCUGAUGAAAUGGUGGGAGAAGAUCCGUUUUACACCCCAAAGCAUGCUCGUCACCUCAGUGGUAUGUCUCACGGAAUGGGAUCACCAAUCUAUGAUAGCGCAACUGGAAACGGCAUUGACCGUAUCCAAUCGAAGGACAUUGUUGCUUUGAUGGAUCAUCUUACUGUUCGUGAUGCCCAAAGAAGCGCCAGAGAUACCGAAAUUCUCGUCACUCUCGUUCGCGCUGCAGCAGAAAUGCGAAACUCCUUUGAGGACAUGAAGCGUCUGCUUGCUGAUACAGAAGAUGUUAUCAUCACUGAGGUUCAGAGUAACACCGAUAAGUCUCUUCAGAAGGCUAUCAAUGGCCCAAGACCUCAACCUCAAAGCGGUCCACGCUCUAUCCGUCAGGGCUCACAAGAUGAAAUGUUCGAUGACAUUCCCAACAAGAAGAGAAAUGUUUUCAGAAGAGCACUCAAAGGAUUGAGCAUGAAAAGCUCCAACGAUCUCGGGAAGAUCGAGGAGAUGUUGGUUCAACUGUUGGGUGAGGUGGAAGGACUCAAGGUUGCUCAAGGCCUGAAGGUUGACAGCCACCCUGGAGAGUCCUAUGAUGAUCUUGGACAAGAAGGUAAUUAUGAUGAUCGAGGAUACGAGCCCGAAGGAAAUGCAGGAACAUCCACUGCCAGCCACGCUAGCCAGUCUGGUCAUUUGUCUAUUCCUCAUUCACGUGGAACAAGCGCCACAAGACUAUUCGACAACCGCAAGUUUUCCGAUCACCGCAUCAGCACUGUACCAGAGGGUGAUGAAGAGGAGCUCGAUCAUCAUGAACAAGUCGUCCUAGACAACCAGUUCGAGAACAACGAACAGCUGCUCACUCCGACUCGGGAAAUAUCUCGUGGUGGCUCAGCUCCGCUCGGCACACCACCCCAACAAUAUGUUGCGCCCGCUUCGCUGAGCAACGAGAAUACACCUCGAACCGACAAGAGCAAAAAGCACAAGUCAAGUAGCUCUUCUGGCUGGAUACCUAAAGUUUCCCGUUGGUCUGAGACAACUGCUUCCACCGUUCUCCGUGGAUUCAGAAGUAGUGGACGUAGCAGCGGCCGCAAGGGAGAAGAGCAGUACCAAGAUCCUCCGUCCCGGUCUGGUUCCGAUCUAGGGAAUUACGCAGAUAAUGACCCCUACGGAGAUGACAAGCUUCAUUCCGGGUUCUCUCAAGAUCAAAUUGACCAGCAAUUCAAUGAGAAUGAGCCUCCAGCAUCACUUUUACCACCUGAGGAUCCCAAAUACAAGGCUCAUCGUAACUCGCUUAACUUGCAACAUCCUCAACCUCGAGUCGGCCCAACUCAUCGUUACCAAACAGCCUUGGAAUCACAAGCCGAUAAUUUCGAUUCCCCCAUGUCUCCAAGGUCCCUGGAUUGGGGCUCUCAGACAAGUUUAAAUCGGCUACCAGCUCAACAGACGAAUCGAUACAGCAACGGCACAAAUAACACCGGGAACAUGUCACCGGUCUCUGAUGGCGGCUAUUCCAACGGCUCUGCAUCAAAUCAGCCUCCCCAACGCCCACCCAAGGAGCCACUGGCCCCAGAACGACCACCAAAGAUCAGAACCGGCAAGCUCCAAAAGCCUAGCCCUCUCAGUAACGAGCACUUGCCCGUGGACUAUGAUCCAGCAAGUUCGCCGAGGUCUGCUACAAGAUCAAUGCCCACGGGUGUUCCUGCUAGAAAGCCAACCGGCCCGCGAAGUAUGAGUUCAGCUUCAAGGAGCGGCGAACUAAAUAGAGACGAAACAGUAAUCCGUCGAAAUAAGAACAGAGAUACAUUUGGCACGAUAGCGAGUAAUCAAAGCGGCGAGUCCGAAACCUUCUGAGCAAAUAGACUUCGGCAUAAUAUCUCACGAUAACGGAACAUGUUACGCUCAACAAUUCCUCCCUCCAUUUAUGAGUGUUACUGGAUAGCAUCUCAUCUUCUCUCUGGGUGGAUUGUUUGCACAUACGCAUGGGGAUCUUCUUUUUUUUGGUGCUUUCACUGUUUCUAUUUUCAAACAUAUAGAAAUGGAUGAUGGAUCAUGCCUGAUUGGCUGAUCCAUCUGGUAUUGUCAGGAUAUUGGUCGGAAGCUGGAGCUAAAGCUGCAGCAAGGUACUGACAGGGGAUGGGACUACGGAGGAAGGGGAGAUGGGAUACCUUUGACGAUGAUACGACGACCUAUGACGAUUUUUCUUCUUUGCUUGAUCAAUCGCAAAAUCUGGAGGGGACGAGGGGAGAGCUUGAUGCUGUGGAGAGUGUGAUGAUAAAAAAAAAUGUAUAUACCUUAGGCUUUAAUGGAUGGUGUUUACAGCUUCUCUCAA